AUGACUUAUCUAUCUAUCUAUCUAUCUAUCUAUCUAUCUAUCUAUCUAUCUAUAUUUCUCAUGUUGUCUGGCUUCCUCCCAAUCCAUUUCAAAGCUAAUGCCGGCAAACGGUUAGCGGCUUUUCGUUGUCACACAAAUCAAACGAGCAAACGCUUCAUUGAAGCUCCUUGCAUUCUCAUCGCCGGCAUCACGUGCGUUAGUGUCAAGCUGCAUAUGCAGCAGGCAGCUUUAUCCCGUUUACGGCCAAGCCUUGCGCUUGCCAAAUCAUGCGCGCGUGCUCAAUCUCAACGGAGGCAGUAUAUUUUGUCACAUGAAACGCUUGGUGAGCGUAACUACCGUUUGUACUGCGCAUCAGUUUACACAUAUUCGUUGAAAAGUAAGAGGAAACUACCUAAACGCUUGCAAGACAACAAAAAAGCGGCUUCGUCACAAGCGCUUUUGCGGUCUCGACAGAGCCCGGAUCGAAAAGUUAAUCGCAAUGCAGUCGACGCCGCUGCAACUUCCAUUAGACGGUCCCAGGAGACCACGGCUGAGAAAACCACACGUAACGCAGCUAAAGCAGCCAUCUGUUGGUCCCAGGAAUCCAUGGCUGAGAAAACCGCACGCCAUGCAGUCUACGCCGCUGCAACUUCUGCUGCAAGGGCGUCGGAAAGUUCCGCGCAAAAGCGCACAAGGUGGCAACGCGAUGCAAUUUCAACUUACGCUGCUCGAGCUGUAGAAGGGCCUACUGAAAGGCUUGCAUGGUUGCUGACUGUUAACCAGCGCCGCCAUGCACAGCGAGGGCUCUGUAGCCCAACAAAGCAGUUUUGGUUUAAGCUGGCGUUCAACUAUGAGCCAGUUUUGAGGCUUUCCGGUCGCAAAGACCUCCAAAUAGGAUCCAUGUCAGUUGUCUGUGGGCAUUGCAAUGCCAAAAAAUGGCCUGGAGAGUCUCGCAGGUUUGUGUUGUUCAGACGGUAA